UUAAGUCAGGAAAUCAAAUUAUUAAAUUGCUACGUAAAAACGCUAUUCAGCAAUCUUCAAUUACAAUGUGAUAAAAAAUAAGUGAUUGUGGCAAACGCAUAAGAAGAAAAUGCUCAUAAAAAAAGCGUGUGGUCCGCAUCGCUGCAGCCAGCUCCAGAGCUGCGAGAAAUAAAAUACAUACAAAAGUAUGUAUGUACAUGCAUAUUUAUAACAAUAGUGUUUAAGUUAAAAGUGCAGUCUUUAGUGCAAUCGCAGUCCACCUUUAAGUUAAAAGUAUGUCGUAAAUGCUAAGAGAAAGAAUUGAUAAAACCGAGCUGCAUUUGUGUGCCAAAAUAAAGUAAAACUCCGUAAUCUGACGCGCGUGCACUGUUACGUAUAAAUUGAAUUGUGUAUUGGUAAACAAGUUACAGAUCGUUCACAGGAAUGUCCAAAUACGAUUUUGAGUUUUAUCUAAUGGUGCAGCUCAUAAUGGGUAGCCUGCUGCUGCACACCAAUGGCGCCAUCCUACCCGAGGGGCACAACAUUAACUGUAUGCACUACGACGAGAAGAAUUGCAGUAGUGUGCCCCAUGGUUGUACCACAACGAUUAAGCGUUGCCCGGUCGAGGGAGACAAGCAUCCCAGCUGCUAUGUACUGUGGACCUCCGACGCUCUAACAGGUGAGUCCAAAAUCAAAAUGAAGGGCUGCUUCACGGACAUGCACGAAUGCAAUCAGACCGAGUGCGUUACUGGCGAAAAACCACGCCAAAACGGGAUUCACUUUUGUUGCUGCAAGAGCUCGCUAUGCAACACGGAUCAGAAGUAUAUUCCAACCACAACGGAGGCAACAACGCAAGUGCCGAAAGAGAAGACGCAGGACAAUAACAAUAUGAUAUAUAUUAUUAUCGGUAGCAUAGUUUCUACCGUUUGUGCGAUCUUUCUUAUAGGGGCGUUAAUCUUCUACAGACGCCGCAAGCAGGCGCAUUUCAAUGAGAUACCAACUCAUGAGGCAGAAAUAACAAAUUCUUCUCCGCUGCUCAGCAAUCGUCCAAUACAAUUGCUGGAGAAAAAGGCGAGCGGACGCUUUGGUGAUGUGUGGCAGGCAAAGCUACAUGGUCAGGAUGUGGCCGUAAAGGUAUUUCGCAUGCAAGAAAAGGAGUCGUGGACCACGGAAAACGAAAUCUACAAGCUACCACGCAUGCGUCACCCGAACAUUUUGGAGUUCCUGGGCCACGAAAAGCACUUGGAUAAGCCUGAAUACUGGCUUAUAUCAGCAUACCAGCAUAAUGGCUCACUUUGUGACUAUCUUAAAUCUCAUACCAUAAGUUGGGUGGAGCUAUGUCGCAUUGCAGAGUCUAUGGCGAACGGUUUAGCUCACUUGCAUGAAGAGAUACCAGCCAGCAGAACAGAGGGUCUUAAACCAUCAAUUGCGCAUCGUGAUUUCAAGUCGAAGAAUGUAUUGCUAAAGGGAGAUUUGACCGCUUGUAUAGCCGACUUCGGCUUAGCCAUGAUAUUUCAGCCGGGAAAGCCAUGCGGUGACACACACGGACAGGUGGGCACGCGUCGCUACAUGGCGCCUGAAGUUCUCGAGGGCGCUAUCAAUUUUAAUCGCGAUGCUUUUCUGCGCAUCGAUGUCUAUGCCUGUGGUUUGGUCUUGUGGGAAAUGGUUUCGCGCUGUGAUGUCGUCGGACCGGUGGGCGAUUUUCAGUUACCAUUUGAAGCCGAGCUCGGUCAGCGUCCGACCCUUGAUGAAGUGCAGGAGAGCGUUGUGAUGAAGAAGUUGAGGCCGCGUCUAUUAAACUCAUGGCGCUCACACCCGGGUCUGAGUAUAUUCUGUGACACCAUGGAGGAGUGCUGGGAUCAUGAUGCUGAGGCACGUCUCUCGUCAUCGUGUGUUAUGGAACGGUUCUCCCAAAUGAACAAGUACCCGACUACGCAGCUGCUGAUUAAAAAUCAUACAAAUAUUAACGAUGCAAAAGAAUCCACAAAUUGUUUAUAGAAAAGGUACUAAAUCACAGCCCUUAAAUGAAAGUAAAGAGCUGUGAUUUAGUGAUUGAUGUUUUUGAUGAUUUUGCGCUCAUUGUCGCCAAUCGAAGGCAGCUUUUAGUUUAAGUUUCGAUUAAUGCAGCUUUUAUAUGUGCAUACAUUUUGAAAUGUAUCGUAGUCUUAUAGUUUUGUAAAGUCGUCUUUAUCCAUGCAUGCAAAUAGACACACACAUACCCAGACAAACAUGUUCAUACAUAUUAAUCGUUCUAAGCUAAAAGAACAAACUAUAAGCAAAUACUUAGACGAUGUGUGCCGGCCAAUUUCAAUUUACGUCUUAAAAUCGACUUAUUAGCCAGAUCGUGCUCAAAUGGUUUUGAAACGUAAACUGCUCUUGCCGCCAAUAAAAUUAAUAUAAGUCUAUAUAGUAGGAUAGUUCACCUCUCAUUUACUUCAUUGACUGAUUUAUUCCGAUAGAUGUCUUUUUUAUUUGCCACUUUCCCAUUUUUUCAUGUAUCCUGUUGAAAUUAUUAGAAACAUUACAUAUGUUAUGUACAUAAACCUAUUUUUUAUGAUAAAUGUUUAUACAUCUGUAAUGGACAGUCCUUUGUUAACAGUAACCUAGCAAUUCAAGGAAUCACAAAGUUCUUUAAGCUAUUAUUUUUAUUGUUUCAAUUUUGUUUUCCUUAUUUGCUUAUGUAUACAAUUUUGUAUUUUCCACACA